AUGGGUGACGCGUUUGGGGCGAACGAGAUUCGUGCCCACGUGGUGAAGGUCGUGACCACCCCGUGCAGUCCUGCUGCUGUUGAACUCACUGGAGAGCCGUGUAACAAGGAGAAGGAGGAACAGCAACACCACCACCAGCAGCAACAACAACAACAGCAGCAGCAACAAGAGCAGCAGCAACUGCAGCCACAACCGCCACCUGCAGCUAGGCAACGGGUUCCUGUAACAGCGAGUACAGGAAUCAGAGGCCUACAAAGCAUGGGCUUACAAUCGUUGAGUAUGCGUCAAAUGUAUGAAUUCGAGAUCCGGCAAAGGGAACUUGCAGUCAAAAACAGAACAUUGGACAUUGAAGAGAGACGACUAGCUCUGGAGGAGAGCAAGGUGGCACUUGGCGAAAUAAAGAACGAACUUGAGGUUACAAGUCGCCAGCAGCAACGCCUGGACUUCGUGAAGCACAUGGAACAGAUGUUCGAUAAACUCAGCCAAGAAGACUAA